AUUGUCCAUUCCAAGUGCUUAGUACAGUGCUCUGCACCCAACCAGCAGCUGCUCAUCCCUGGUGUGCACUGUGAUCUCUGGAAACCCUCUGCACCGUUCCCUCGGUUUCGUCUCCUCCGCAAAAAAAAAAAAGAAAAUGGCCAAUGUUGAAAGAUUUGCUUUUCACGUCCCAAGUCUCGAGGAACUUGUGGGAGUUCUGCAGAAUGGAUUAAAAGCUAAUUUUGCUGAUGUCCAAGUCUCAGUGGUUGACUGUCCUGAUCUGACGAAGGAUCCGUUCACCUUUCCUGCUAAAGGAAUCUGCGGGAAGCCCAGAAUUGCAGAUGUUGGGGGUGUGCCUUAUCUCAUACCUCUUGUGAACCGAGAAAAGAUUUACGACAUGAAUGUCGUGGCCAGGGAGAUGGAGCUGCCCGGAGCGUUCAUUCUCGGAGCCGGCGCCGCCCCGUUUAGAACGCUUGGAGUAAAUGCAGAGUUUAUGCCGAUUAUCCAAGCUGAGAGUGAAGAAAGGCGGGCGGUGAAUGGGAGCUACAUCGCUCAGAUUAACCCAGCAGACGGGGGGUGUCUCCUGGAGAAGUACAGUGAGAAAUAUGAGGAUUGUGACUUUGGGUUGCUGGCGAAUCUGUAUGCCAGUCAAGGUCAGCCUGGCAAGGUCAUUGAAGUGAAGGCCAGAGGAAGAACCGGAAAGCAUAACUUUGUGACUUGUAUGAGAGAAACUCUUGGAAAACAUUAUGGCGAUAAACCUGUCGGGAUGGGAGGCACUUUUGUGAUUCAGAAGGGGAAGGCAAAGGUUCACAUCAUGCCUCCAGAAUUUUCUUCCUGUCCCCUGAACAGUGAUGAAGACGUGAAUAACUGGCUGAAGUUUUUCGAAGUGAAAGCUCCAUUGAUUUGUCAAACAGUAUUUGUUUCUCGUGACCCGGGCUUUGAUCUGCGGGUGGAGCACACCCAUUGCUUCAGUCACCACGGCGAAGGCGGGCACUACCACUACGACACCACCCCGGACACGGCACAGUACCUUGGCUACUUCCUACCUGCCGAGUUGCUCUAUCGGAUCGACAGACCGAAGGAGACCCACCUGGUCGGGCGAGACUGAUUGAGCGAGAGUAGUCGGGGGGCCAGACUUCCUCAAAAACCCAGUCGCCCCUGAAACAAGACACCCAGCAGCCGAACCCUAGGGCAUCAUCGGAGGAAAGGGCGUAAUGAAAGAUCUGAAUCACAUCCUACGUCAUUAAAUCGGAAGAGGGAAAACUUUUAGCUCCUAAUCGUUGGUGCCGUUAGAGUCAGCGGUCGGAAUUGAAUGUGGAGAGUUCUGUAUUAGAAGUAGGGUGACUUCUCUACAGACUGUGAGGUGCUGACUGCCUAGUCAAAUGUUUCUCCAUGUCGAUGAUUGUGAAGAAUACGAGGACCCAUUCUUUGUAGGAAUAGCCCGAUUCCCUAUUGAGCAGUAUAUUAUCACGAUGGACCCCUUUGAUCGGACACGAUGCCGUAUUUUCUUAAAAACCAUUAAAAGUUGAUUAUUCUCAAGGUA